AUGAUAGCACUCAAAGUCACCGUGGAGACUUCAGCUCUGUGGUCAGUCCUCUGUGGUCAGUCCUCUGUGGUCAGUCCUCUGUGGUCAGUCCUCUGCGGUCAGUCCUCUGUGGUCAGUCCUCUGUGGUCAGUCCUCUGCGGUCAGUCCUCUGUGGUCAGUCCUCUGCGGUCAGUCCUCUGUGGUCAGUCCUCUGCGGUCAGUCCUCUGUGGUCAGUCCUCUGCGGUCAGUCCUCUGUGGUCAGUCCUCUGCGGUCAGUCCUCUGUGGUCAGUCCUCUGUGGUCAGUCCUCUGCGGUCAGUCCUCUGUGGUCAGUCCUCUGUGGUCAGUCCUCUGUGGUCAGUCCUCUGCGGUCAGUCCUCUGCGGUCAGUCCUCUGCGGUCAGUCCUCUGUGAUCAGUCCUCUGUGGUCAGUCCUCUGUGGUCAGUCCUCUGCGGUCAGUCCUCUGCGGUCAGUCCUCUGCGGUCAGUCCUCUGUGAUCAGUCCUCUGUGGUCAGUCCUCUGUGGUCAGUCCUCUGUGGUCAGUCCUCUGUGGUCAGUCCUCUGCGGUCAGUCCUCUGCGGUCAGUCCUCUGUGAUCAGUCCUCUGUGGUCAGUCCUCUGCGGUCAGUCCUCUGUGGUCAGUCCUCUGUGGUCUGUCCUCUGUGGUCAGUCCUCUGUGGUCAGUCCUCUGCGGUCAGUCCUCUGCGGUCAGUCCUCUGUGAUCAGUCCUCUGUGGUCAGUCCUCUGUGGUCAGUCCUCUGCGGUCAGUCCUCUGUGGUCAGUCCUCUGCGGUCAGUCCUCUGUGGUCAGUCCUCUGUGGUCAGUCCUCUGUGGUCAGUCCUCUGCGGUCAGUCCUCUGUGGUCAGUCCUCUGUGGUCAGUCCUCUGUGGUCAGUCCUCUGCGGUCAGUCCUCUGCGGUCAGUCCUCUGCGUCCUCUGUGGUCAGUCCUCUGCGGUCAGUCCUCUGUGGUCAGUCCUCUGUGGUCAGUCCUCUGUGGUCAGUCCUCUGCGGUCAGUCCUCUGCGGUCAGUCCUCUGCGGUCAGUCCUCUGUGGUCAGUCCUCUGUGGUCAGUCCUCUGUGGUCAGUCCUCUGUGGUCAGUCCUCUGCGUCCUCUGUGGUCAGUCCUCUGUGGUCAGUCCUCUGCGGUCAGUCCUCUGCGGUCAGUCCUCUGCGGUCAGUCCUCUGUGAUCAGUCCUCUGUGGUCAGUCCUCUGUGGUCAGUCCUCUGUGGUCAGUCCUCUGUGGUCAGUCCUCUGCGGUCAGUCCUCUGCGGUCAGUCCUCUGUGGUCAGUCCUCUGUGGUCAGUCCUCUGCGGUCAGUCCUCUGCGGUCAGUCCUCUGCGGUCAGUCCUCUGUGAUCAGUCCUCUGUGGUCAGUCCUCUGUGGUCAGUCCUCUGUGGUCAGUCCUCUGUGGUCAGUCCUCUGCGGUCAGUCCUCUGCGGUCAGUCCUCUGUGAUCAGUCCUCUGUGGUCAGUCCUCUGCGGUCAGUCCUCUGUGGUCAGUCCUCUGUGGUCUGUCCUCUGUGGUCAGUCCUCUGUGGUCAGUCCUCUGCGGUCAGUCCUCUGCGGUCAGUCCUCUGUGAUCAGUCCUCUGUGGUCAGUCCUCUGUGGUCAGUCCUCUGUGGUCAGUCCUCUGUGGUCAGUCCUCUGUGGUCAGUCCUCUGUGGUCAGUCCUCUGUGGUCAGUCCUCUGCGGUCAGUCCUCUGUGGUCAGUCCUCUGUGGUCAGUCCUCUGUGGUCAGUCCUCUGUGGUCAGUCCUCUGUGGUCAGUCCUCUGUGGUCAGUCCUCUGCGGUCAGUCCUCUGUGGUCAGUCCUCUGUGGUCAGUCCUCUGUGGUCAGUCCUCUGCGGUCAGUCCUCUGUGGUCAGUCCUCUGUGGUCAGUCCUCUGUGGUCAGUCCUCUGCGUUCACGCUGAGAUCCAAACAGACAACAAAGAUGGACCACCUCGCCUCAGCACCUCGCCUCAGCACCUCGCCUCAACACCUCGCCUCAGCACCUCGCCUCAGCACCUCGCCUCAACACCUCGCGUCAGCACCUCGCCCUCAGCACCUCGCCUCAACACCUCGCCUCAGCAGCAUCUCGCCUCAACACCUCGCCUCAGCAGCACCUCGCCUCAACACCCUCGCCUCAACACCUCGCCUCAGCACCUCGCCUCAACACCUCGCCUCAGCACCUCGCCUCAACACCUCGCCUCAACACCUCGCCUCAACACCUCGCCUCAGCACCUCGCCUCAACACCUCGCCUCAGCACCAGGCCUCAGCACCUCGCCUCAACACCUCGCCUCAGCACCUCGCCUCAGCACCUCGCCUCAACACCUCGCCUCAGCACCUCGCCUCAGCACCUCGCCUCAGCACCUCGCCUCAACACCUCGCCUCAGCACCUCGCCUCAACACCUCGCCUCAACACCUCGCCUCAGCACCUCGCCUCAACACCUCGCCUCAGCACCUCGCCUCAGCACCUCGCCUCAACACCUCGCCUCACCACUUCGCCUCAGCACCUCGCCUCAACACCUCGCCUCAGCACCUCGCCUCAGCACCUCGCCUCUCCCCAGAGCCUGCUGCAGAUCGGCGGCUGGAGCGGCAGCAGUCCCACCAACAUCCUCGAGGCGUUUGACUGGAGACUAAUCACCGGUGAACGUGACCAACCAUCAGGAGGGCCCUCGUGCUUACCACGGCGCUGUGUUCCUCGACGGCUCGGUGUACUUUGUGGGGGGUUUUAA